CAUCGUCCAUACGCUGUAAAUAGUGACAACACUGACAACAGUUUUGUCGUUUUAAUUGUGAUAUUGUACUAUACUCAAGCUGAAACAUAUUGGAAAGUGUAAUUUGAACAAAAUAUUAUUCAUUAAACAUAGUGUGUAAAGUCGACCGAGAAACGUUUGUUUUAAUUGAAAGGUUGAAAAGUUAAUAAUCGACGGUAUUGCAUCUCAUGUAUACGCGUAUAUGUAGUCAUUAUUUUUAUUUAAUUUACUUUUUUCUUGACCAAUAGAAAACUGUUGUAAUAACAAAAUGAGUACAACCACGGCUGCGGCCGCUGCGAAAAUGACGAGCACCACGGCUGUAGCCGUGAGUCUAGUGUUGUCCAGUUGCGUAAUAGCAAAUGCUUUUCGUCAAAAGAAACAAUUUUACCCGUCAGUCGUGUAUAUAUGUAAAUCUAAUCCAAGUAUGGCAAUAAUGUAUAUGCAGGCUUUAGUGGCUGUCUAUUUAAUUGGGAAAUUAACUGGUAAAUUAUUUUUUGGCUCAUUACGCCCUGCAGAAUCAGAGCGUUUAAUAGAAAAGGCCUGGUACGCUGUGACAGAAACAUGUUUAGCAUUUACUAUUUUUAAAGAUGACCUGAGUCCCAAAUUUGUAGCUUUAUUUACUUUAUUAUUAUUUCUAAAAUGUUUUCAUUGGUUGGCAGAAGAUCGAGUAGAUUAUAUGGAACGUACUCCAGUUAUAUCAUAUAUAUUUCAUUUGCGCAUAUGGUUGCUAUUAUUCAUCUUAACUUUGGGUGACUUAUAUUUUGUCCAUGAUGCAUACACUACUACAAUGGCCAAAGGCCCUUCUGUGCAAUUAGUAUUUGGAUUUGAAUAUGCAUUACUUGUUACAUUAGCAGCUAAUGCAGGAUUUAAGUAUGUAUUGCAUGCAGUAGAUGUACACAGUGACACCUUUUGGGAAAGUAAAGCCGUCCUCCUGCUGUACCUUGAAUUUUUUAUUGGUUUGUGUAAAGCUGUGAUGUAUGUGGUUUUCCUUAUAAUCAUGGUUCGAUCCUAUACAAUACCACUAUUUGCAUUUCGACCAAUGUACCAUACACUAAGAAAUUUCAAAAAAGUAUUCCAAGACCUUGUACUUUCUCGUAGAGCAAUACACAAUAUGAAUACUUUAUACCCAGAUGCUACAUUACAAGAUUUACAAGCCAUUGAAAAUGUGUGUAUUAUAUGCCGUGAAGAUAUGACAGCUGCAGCUGCAAAAAAGUUGCCAUGCAAUCAUAUAUUUCAUACAUCAUGUCUACGUAGCUGGUUCCAACGUCAUCAAACAUGUCCUACUUGUAGGUUAGACAUUUUGCGCCCAACACCUUCAACAACUCAAAAUGUUAAUGUUCCUGCACCACCAACACCAAAUAUUGGCAGGACAGUUCAAGAAGCACCAUCAACUGAUGCAGCUGCAUCAUCUUCUGCUACUGAUAACAGUCGUGGACCAAAUGCUAGUAACCACACUAAUGUAUCACCUGGUCAAGCUGGAACUAGUGGAAGUUCCUAUUAUAAUCAAACGCCACUACAGUAUCAAUUCAGACCAUGCACAUUUCAACAACGAUCAACAUCUAUUGAUGAAAUUAAUGGCAACAACAAUGAUAAUUCAAACAGUGGUAUACCUGAACCGAAUAAUAUGAAUGAAUCAUGGAUUGCAUUUAUGAAUGCAGCAGGACUAGGUGGUGGAAUUGGGUUACCAUCAUUAUUCAAUGAUAUACCGCAAACAUCCUCAAAUUUACCAUUUACAAACAUACCACGGAUUCCACUUAAUUUACCAUUUGUCGGUGGAAUUGCAAUUCAGCCUCCAAAUAUACCUCCAAACUUGGAUACAUUAACUGAUGAAGAAUUACGUUUAAUGGAACAAAAUACAAGACAAGGAUGUUUAGCACGCAUUAAAUACAUUACUGAUAUAAAAUGUAUGCUGGAUGCUGCUGUUGUGAUGAUGAAUCAGUAUUCAUCAGCAUGUCUUGUAGCUGGUCUUGAUAGUACUGAUUCAACUUUGAACAGUGAAACUAAAACUGCAGAUACUACAGAAAAUGAUGAUCAAUCGGAAACUAGAUCACCAAGUAAUAUUUCUUCUGAAACUGAUUGUAGUGGAGGAGUUACAAGCAGCAGCAGUGGCAGUGGGAGUGGCAGUGGAAGCGGCAGCAGUGAAGACCAAUUGCUCCCAGAAGAAACUGAACAGCAGCGGAUUAUUAGGUUAAAAAGGUUGGAAAAAUUUGGUAGCAAUUCCGUGUAACUUCUGUUAGCAAAUAACUAAGUAUUCCAUAAUGUGAUUAAAAUAAUGUAAUAAGUAUUAUUAUUAAUUCAUAUUAUAGUUAACUGAUAGAAUGGGUCUAUGUUUGGUUUACUUCUUCAACUAUUCUAUCGUUUUGUAACAUUUGUGUGUAAGUUAUUUUUUUUUAAAUUAUGUAGUUUAUGUGUGUCAGGUUAUGUAAUUGUGUUUUAAUGUUUAUUUUCACUUUGUUUAUUCAACUAUAUAUUUAAACUAUUUACCAAUUUUUAGUGGGAAGUGAUUCUAUAAUGGUAAUUAAACAUGUAAAUUAUUAUUUCUGACUAAAAAAAUAAUUUUCAAAAAACCACAAGAUC